ACAGUUCCCUUGGAAGUAGUUUGCAGACGGCUCAUAUCAUUUCAAAACCUUGACAAAACCCUGGGAACCUCACAUUCCCUUAACACACCUUAUAUCUCCAUCUCCUCAACUAUUUCAGUCAAAGCAUCCCAAAGUUUUUAUCUUUGAAUCAAAGUUUCUGACUUAAAAUACCAGCCUUGCAACCGAGCUCUUCAGCUUCUGAUGUUGGGGCAAUCCUUGUGGAAGACACGACCUGCACUUUGGAGCUUUUCAAAGUUCUCUCCUAUUGCCAGAAAAGAGAUGCACUAUGCUCUUGACCAAUUAGCAUCCAGUUCAUCAGAUGAGCAAGAAAUCAUUGGUACCCCAAAUAUGAAUCAUUUCGUUAACCGGGUCUUUGAAUUACAUAGAGUUGAAGUUGUUGAAACUUUGAAUACUUUGAGAGAACAACCUGAUAAGGCUUUUUCAUUUUUUAAUCGAUUGAAAGAAGAUGGGUUUUCUCAUGAUGUUUGUACAUAUGCAUCUAUUAUAAGAAUAUUGUGUCAGUGCUGUUGGGAAAGGAAAUUGGAUUCGGUGUUGUUGGAAAUCAUUUGGAGAGAGAAGCAUUUAGGUUUUAAAGUCAUGGAUUUGUUUGAAAUUCUUGAAGAGGGGCUUGAGGGAGAAGAUUCAAACCUUUUGGUUCGAUUGUCCAAUGCAUUGGUGAAGGCAUAUGUUAGUGUUGAAAUGUUUGAUGAAGUUAUUGAUAUCUUGUUUCAAACUCGAAGGCGGGGAUUUAUUCCACAUAUAUUCUCUUGUAAUUUUCUUAUGAAUCGUUUGAUUUGUUGUGGGAAAGUGGAUAUGGCUAUAGCUGUUUAUCAUCAGUUGAAGAGACUUGGGUUGAAGGCAAAUGAUUACACUUAUGGCAUUAUGAUUAAGGCAUUUUGCAGGAAGGGCAAUUUCGAGAAAGCUGUUGGCAUUUUUCACGAGAUGGAUGAAUUGAAAGUUAGGCCGAAUGCUGUUGCUUACACAACUUAUAUUGAAGGGCUUUGUAUGCAUGGAAGAACAGAGCUUGGUUAUGAAGUUCUUAAAGCGUGGAGGGAGUCAAAGAUUCCUCUUGAUGAUGCCUUUGCUUAUUAUGUUGUGAUUAAGGGCUUCUGCGAUGAGAUGAAAUUGGAAGAAGCUGCAGAUGUUUUAUUUGAGGCUGAAUUGCAUGGUAUUGUUCUUGAUACGUUUCCUUACGGUGCUUUGAUAAGAGGAUACUGCAAAUGCGGUAAUAUAGACAGAGCUUUGGAGGUUCAUGAUGAAAUGAUGUCAAACGGUAUCAAAACGAACUGUGUGAUUUUGACCUCCAUUCUUCAAAGCCUGUGUCAAAUGGGCCGGGAUUUUGAAGCUGUAAAUCAAUUUAAGAAGUUUAGGAACUUCGGGAUAUUUCUUGAUGAGGUUUGUUAUAAUGUAGUGGCUGAUGCUCUCUGCAAGGCAGGUAAAGUGGAAGCAGCUGUAGAAUUACUUGAUGAGAUGAAGGGUAAACAGAUUUCUCCUGAUAUUAUUAACUAUACCACUUUAAUCAAUGGAUAUUGUCUUCAAGGUAAAGUUGAAGACGCAGUGAACUUGUUCGAGGAGAUGUCGGAGAAUGGUCACAAGCCUGAUAUUGUUUCUUGGAAUGUCCUUGUAGGGGGCUUAGCUCGAAAUGGCCAUGCACGAAAGGCUAUCGAUCUUUUGAAUCGUGUAAAGAAACAAGGUUUGAAGUGUGAGAUUGUCAUGCGCAACAUGAUCAUCAAAGGUUUAUGCAUAGGUGGUAAGGUUAAGGAAGCUGAAGAUUUCUUAGAUAGUUUGCCAGACAAGUGUUUCGAAAAUGAUGCUGCCUUAGUCGAUGGUUAUAUUGAAUCAAGACUCACAAAAAAAGCAUUUAAUUUGUUUCUUAAGCUGGCUAAUCAGGGAUUUCUGGUGAGGAAGGCUUCUUGCUCAAAACUGCUGAGUAGUCUCUGCAAGGAUGGUGAUAAUUACAAAGCUCUUAUGUUACUGAAGGUCAUGUCUGAUUUGAAUGUUGAACCUACCAAAUUAAUGUACAGUCAACUCAUCGGUGCAUUUUUUAAGGCAGGAAAUUGGAGAAAGGCCCAAUUGUUGUUCGAUCAAAUAUUUGCGAGACGGCAAACACCUGAUCUAGUUAUCUACACAAUAAUGAUAAGUGGUUACUGCAAGAUGAAUCUUUUGCAGGAAGCCUUGCUUCUUUUCAAUAAUAUGAAUGAAAGAGGAAUUAAACCUGAUGUUAUCACUUAUACGGUCUUGAUUAACAGCCAUUUGAAACUAAAUUUGAAAUCUCUUUCCAGUCCUGAUGCACCACAAAACAAAGACAAAAAGAUAAUGGAUGCUUCAACUUUUUGGAAGGAAAUGAAGGGCAAGGAAAUAGAACCUGAUGUUGUUUGCUAUACGGUUUUGAUUGAUCACUACUGUAGGACAAACAAUCUUUGGGAUGCAAUUAGGAUAUUCGAUCAAAUGAUUGAUACAGGAUUAGAACCAGAUAAUGCGACAUAUACGACUCUUAUAUCUGGCUAUUGUAAAAGAGGAUAUUUAGCAAGGGCUUUAAAUCUUUUUGAAGAAAUGUAUAGGAGGGGCAUACAGCCAGAUAUGCGUACCAUUUCAACUGUUGACCAUUGUAUCUUGAAAGCCUAGAGAGUUGUGAGAAAGUAGCCAUACUCCACACAAGACGGUUUAUCUUAUCAUGCAUUGAAGUAUCCUGCUAAUGUGUAGCAGCUGAGGAAAGCUUUCUCUCUAUAGUAGAAGCUUUAUGUGCAUUUAUGAUUCAAUAUGAUGAAUUCUCUUGCAUUUACUAUGUAGAGUAGCGGGAGGAUGUCAAAAUCUUCCCGACUUGCAUUAUCUGGAGCUACUGUUUGUCUUUAGCCUAAAAGAAGGGCAGUGCUUAAAGAUGUAACUAAUGUCUGUGAUGACACUUCAUGCAUGGACUGCAAAAAUGCAACUAAAAAUCAGGUUUGACAAACUACCAAGCAAACUAUUACAGACCCUAAUGGGAAGAACACGGAAAGGUUUGAGGAUAUUGCCAUUGGAAAUCCCAUCAGCUGAAGAGGAUGUGAAAGCUAAAUUAGCAGACUCCUUAUCUAAAAUAAGGAUGAUGGAAACGCAAGAAAUCACUUUAUCAGUGCUACCAGAAGAAAGAGAAUUACUGGAAUCUAAGUGUUGUGCAAGAGAACAUGCUGCCGCAGAUGCAAUGCCUUCAAAACAUGCUUCCACAAUUGAUGUUGUAGUGCAAAGCUAUCGGAAAAUAGGUUUGUGCUCUGUUUAAAAUUCUCUCCAGGUAAUGGCAUACCGCUAUUUGAAAAUAAAACCAUCAGGUAUCUAAGAAAUGUCAUACCUCCGUUUUAGAAGGAUAAGGUAUCAACACUGCUCUAAGGUUAAUAGACAAUAAGGAAAAACUAUUCUGUUUUUCGACCAAAAUGGUCAUUCAUGUUAAUGGAUUCGUGGAACUCGUGGAAUUCAUGUGAGCACUGCUUAUUUGACUCACUUGAACUGGUUCAAUUCGUGGAACUCAUGGAGAAAACCUAUUGACUUGAAGUUUUGGUGAUCCAGUGAAAUACUCUAGUAAAACUAGAUCUACUAGGGUAAUUGUAAAUCCUAAGGGAUAAGAUUGUAUAGAGUUUAAAUUCAUUGGGACUCUAAUAUUGUAAAUAUGCACUAAUCUCAGCUGUUGAUGUAAUUCAAUCUGUACGGUUGGAUCUGGUGGAGUUCAAUUAUAAAUAGAGACUUUCCCUUUCGUUUAUAAUCAUUUCUUGUAUUCUAUUCAGAGUAAGAGAAUACUUUUGAGAGUACUA